GUAAUUUAUUUUAUUUUAUUUUAUCCUUUUUUUUUUAUUAUUAUUUACUUUUCGGUUCGGGAAGUGGCGUGGUGCAAAUACAAUGAUGUGUUAUGACAUAAUAAUCCGCAGUUUAUUACGUAAUCCCUGAACGAACUUGUUUCCACAACUUUUAAUUCCAUAAUUCAGGGAUAUUGAACAAUGGACAAUCCUUAUAAAAAAAAUUUCCAAUAUAUAAAAUAUAUAAAUGCAUUCUUAACUAUUUCAUGUCCUUUUUAUGUCUUUUUGUGGGUAAUAUUUCAUUAUAUUUGCUCAUAUUUGCUCGUGUUAACGUGUUUUAAGUUAUCAUCAUUUAAUACCUUUUUUAAAUAAUGAAUUUUAGUUAUAAAUAUGACUACUUUUUCCCAUCAAAGAUCCACAUUCCUAUAUUCCUUCUCCCCUAAUCUCUUCCAAUUUUCCAUAUUUUUCCACAUCAUAAAAAAAAAAAAAAAUUU